GGGUGCGUCAUUCCCGGUGUAUUACGGUAGAAGCGGAGCGCGAGGGAUCAGGAAGCCACUGUACGGUCCUCAUGAAUCCCUGUAUUCAUCCCGGAGCUGUGCUGAGUGUGCACCAUGUGGUAUGCAUGGUGGGCGUGUCUGGUCCUGUCUGUCCUCCAGGUCACAGGAAGUGAUGUCACUGGACCAGAUAAGGACCGCCUCCCUAACUUUAUUCUGAUAAUGGUGGACGACCUGGGCAUUGGGGAUAUUGGUUGUUAUGGUAACGACACCAUCAGGACGCCUCACAUCGACAGACUGGCCUCAGAGGGGGUCAAACUGACCCAGCAUCUGUCUGCUGCCCCCCUAUGCACGCCCAGCCGCACUGCCUUCCUGACCGGACGCUACGCCCUGCGCUCGGGCCUGGGCAGUGAGGGCCGAGUGCAGGUGCUGCUCUUCCUGGGGGGCUCUGGGGGGCUGCCUCCCUCUGAGACCACCUUCGCCAAGAGGCUCCAGCAGCAGGGCUACACCACCGGCCUCGUGGGUAAGUGGCACCAGGGCGUGAGCUGUGAGCAGCGCGAGGACCACUGCCACCACCCAAACCUGCACGGCUUCUCUUCCUUCUACGGUCUGCCCUUCACCUGGUUCAACGACUGCGUGCCUGGGCAUGGGAGCGACAUUCUGGCCGACCUACAGAAGGUGCUCCGUAGUCUCACCCUGCUGCUGGGGCUGGGGUUGGUCACACUGGUGUGUGUGCACUGGUGUGGUCUGGUGGACCUCAGCUUCUCUCUCCUGCUUUACCUUCUGCUCCUCCUCCUGCUCCUGACCUCGGUGUGGGUGGUGCCUUUCGGGAUGUUGCGCAGGUGGAACUGUGUGCUGAUGAGGGACAGGGAGGUGGUGGAGCAGCCCAUCAGGGCGGACACUCUGCCUCUGCGCCUGCUCAGAGAGGCCCAGGCCUUCAUCCACAGGAACAAAGAGCGUCCGUUCCUCCUGUUCUUCUCCCUGGUCCACAUGCACACACCACUCUUCAAAAACCCACAGUUUAUGGGCAAAAGUCGACACGGCCUGUACGGGGACAACCUGGAGGAGAUGGACUGGAUUAUAGGCCAGGUGACUGAGACGGUGGAUUCACUGAGCCUGUCCAACCACACCCUGAUGUACUUCACCUCAGACCAUGGAGGACACCUGGAGGACAAGGACGCCACGGGGCAGAAGGGGGGCUGGAACGGGAUUUAUAAAGGUGGAAAGGCGAUGGGGGGCUGGGAGGGGGGUAUCCGGGUACCGGGGAUAUUCCGAUGGCCUGGCAGGUUGCCCCCUGGUAGACAGGUGCAUGAACCCACCAGCCUCAUGGACCUAUACCCCACCCUCAAGUACCUGGCCCGGGACACCCAACCAGACAGGCUCCUGGAUGGUCACAACCUGAUGCCUCUGCUGGAGGGGACAGUCCACAGAUCUGAGCAUGAGUUUAUGUUCCACUACUGCGGAGUUUACCUCAACGCCGUCCGCUGGCACCCCCCGGGAAGCGACUCUGUUUACAAAGCCCACAUGUUCACUCCAAACUUCUCUCCGGAGGGCGCUGUGGGCUGCUACCAUACUCACGUCUGCAUGUGCCAUGGUGAUUACGUGACCCCACAGACUCCGCCCCUUCUGUAUGACCUCACCCACGACCCCUCGGAGUCCCGCCCCCUGACCCCGCAGGCAGAGCCGCGGUACUACGAAGUGCUGGAGCAGGUGGAUGAGGCUGUGCGGAGACACCGACAUACGCUGAAGGAACAUGUCCACCCCGAGGGCCCCUCUGCUCAGAUGUCCUGGUCCCGAAUCCUCUGGAGGCCCUGGCUCCAGCCCUGCUGUGGGACAUUCCCCUUGUGUGGGUGUGAGGAGGAUGCACACAACAUGACAACUUUUUAAAGGAAUCUUGAUGCCUCUGAGGCUUUGUUAGACUUUAAUUUGAGCUUUGUUUAAAAAAAAUCUGACCUGAGAAAACUGACUUAGCCGGAGUUACAACAAGUGAGAUGAUUUUUACUGUUACAAAAAUCACUCUCAAAUUACUUUACAGUCACAACCUAGCUAGCAACAAUUAUUUCAGUUGGUCAAAUCACUCUCACCUUUUUGUUGAAAAUGAAACUCCUAAACAGGACCAUGAAUGUACACAUUUAACACUCACUCCUGAAAAUGCGUUUUUUAAAUCUUUUUUUUUUUUACUUUUUAGACUUAAAACUCAGAUUUAAAACUAAACUUCACUUUUUGGCAGUGUUUGCUAAUGUGUGCAUUGUGUCAGUAGUAACUGUUGAACAUUCCACCAUAGAAAUACAUGCAGAACACCACAGACAGUUUUCAAGUUUGGGCCCAUGUUAACCUUAUGGUUGCUAGGUGACAGUUAUGGAAUUUUCUCUACGUCUGUCACAUCUAUAGAACCAGGAAGUAAAGUGAUACAAGUGAUACAAAAUAAAAGGGACAAAGUAGGUUGACUACCGACUAGUACUGACUAUCUCAUGUUUCUAUUUUGCUCUUCAUGUUUUAUUUUUUAUUUUUUUUUACAACAUUGUAUAUUUGUUAUCUAACCGCUGCUUUAGGGUUAUUGUGCAAUCAGCUUCAGCAAUAUAUCACAUUUAAAGAUGUGUUAUCAUGACAAGCCUACUCCUGUUGGACAAAAAGGACAUUGAGUGCUUUAUCUUUGAUCCAGUUGGACAGUAUUACUGUUUUUUUUGUUUCACUAUUUAAACUGUUGUCAAUGAUUUAGUCACAAAGACCAUGUGAGUAGAUUUCCUGAGGAGGGCGUUGUAAAAUAAGUGCAAUAAAUCUGCUGUCAAGCAACUAAUGAUGUAGUG